UUCAGGAACUCGCAGCACAAAGUCACAUCGUGUCCUGGUUUUAACAAGCUUUCACCUGUCAGAGCAUCUCAAGACAUUUUUGAUUUGACUGUUUUCACACACCGGGGUUGGCACAGUCGGAUGCGCUCCAGAUCCAGGCUGCGUUUUCCCUAACUCCAACUUUUCUACGCCGGAGCUGGAGGGUUGCUGUCGCCGUUCACCGGUCGCCGCAGUCCGGUUCUCUCUCCGUAACACGGACCCUGCACAUCGGAGGCGAAGACUGUCCGGUACAAUGUACAAUCCCGUGUCUUAAUUUGGGGCUUGUAGAUCGGAGAUCUGCUCUGUCAAGUUGGGCAACUCGGGGCGCUGACUUGCCGAUCUCACCGCCGCUGGUGAACACUUAAAGGAAAGUGCUGCGAGUUUGUGUUUGUCAGCAAGAAGAGGAAGAGAAAGAGGACAUUUUUCAUUCUCAACUUUAUUUAAAAGUCGAGUUCCAUGAUGAGCAAACCCGCCGGCUCAACAAGUGGCUGUCUGGAUAUUCUCAACGUCAAAUCAAGUCGGAUUCUGGACAUCCCGUGCAAAGUGUGCGGCGACCGCAGCUCUGGGAAACACUAUGGUGUGUACGCCUGUGACGGCUGCUCGGGAUUCUUCAAGAGGAGCAUCCGCAGAAACAGGACAUACGUCUGUAAAUCUGGCUCUCAGGGUGGCUGUCCCGUAGACAAGACUCACAGAAACCAGUGCCGAGCGUGCCGUUUGAAAAAGUGUCUGGAAGUGAACAUGAAUAAAGACGCCGUCCAACACGAGAGGGGGCCCCGGACGUCCACCAUCCGCAAACAGGUCGCCCUAUAUUUCCGGGGCCACAAAGAGGUGAACGGGUCAUCGACCCAUUUCCCGGGAUCCUCGCUGCCCGGCCCUCCCUUCUUCACCACGGUCACACAACUGGAGCCUCACAACCUGGAGAUGAGCGCAGUGUCCACCACACCGGAGAGGCAGGCCAUCGUGGGUCUGGCUCAGCCCACCCCGAAGUAUCCCCAUGAAGUCAGCGGCACCCCCAUGUACCUCUACGAGGUGGCGACGGAGUCUGUGUGCGAGUCGGCGGCGCGCCUCCUUUUCAUGAGCAUCAAGUGGGCGAAGAGUGUUCCCGCAUUCUCCACCCUCCCUUUAUCUGACCAGCUGAUUCUGUUGGAGGACGCGUGGAGGGAAUUAUUUGUUCUGGGCAUCGCGCAGUGGGCCAUUCCUGUGGACUCCACGACUCUUCUUGCUGUUUCUGGAAUGAACACUGAAAACACAGAGUCUCAGCGGAUGAAUAAGAUCAUGUCUGAGAUUCAAGCACUUCAAGAGGUGGUGACCAGAUUCAGGCAGAUGCGUCUCGACGCAACAGAGUUCGCCUGUUUGAAAUGUAUCGUGACAUUUAAAGCCGUUCCGACGCAUGGCAACACUGAGUUAAGAAGUUUCCGCAACGCCAGCGCCAUCGCUGCACUACAGGACGAGGCACAGCUCACUCUCAACAGUUACAUACACACCAGGUACCCGACUCAGCCGUGUCGCUUCGGGAAGCUGCUCCUGCUCCUGCCUGCGCUGCGCUCCGUGGGCCCGUCCACCAUAGAGGAGGUGUUCUUCAAGAAAACCAUCGGCAACGUGCCCAUCACCAGGCUCCUCUCCGACAUGUACAAGUCCAGCGAUAUAUGAAUUCUCCCCCCCAUCUGGAAGAGACUUGAGCUGAAAGGCCCAGAGACCCACCCAGCAGUCGACAGAAUGUCAAAUCAUAGCAGGUGUAACCGUGGGUUGAAUUUUCGCUGAGCACAAAAAUCUCUUAGGCUGUCUUAAAAUAGCCUGUUUAGGCCUCUAGGCUCCUUUGAAACAAAGACUGCAACACAGCCGGAAUUCACCGAGUAGCCUGUUAACAGUCGCUCUAGUUAAGGAUUAGCCUGUAACUUUCAUUCUAGAUUUACCUGUGAUACUGAAAAUCCUGCAGUCUCUGGUGUGGGCACAGGAAACCCACAGUGUUUAAAUACCGCCUACAGACUCCGGAGAGCACGUGCCAAGUAUGUCUGACAAAGAAAUGUUAUAUAUUCACAAGUUUUUUUGAGUGUCUGUGAGACCAAUGAGCUUGACGACCAAUUCAGUCUUUUACUGCUGUGAUCAAUCCCAAUGGAGGAAACCAAAAGAAAAAACAUGACGCAUGCGUAAUGGGGGAUGUGAAUCGCUGUCCCUCGAUCCGGUGCUGAAACCAAACGCACGGGGCAAAGAGAGAAGAAGAAGAAGAGGUGCCAACUCAAUGAAGGAAAAGACUUUUUUAAAGGACAUGCUUGCGUUGCCUCCUGACUGUACAUUCAUCUGAAGAUGGUGUUUGUAUUUAAGUGGUUACUGUCCUGUUUGUGUUGGUGUGUCCUGUUUGAGGCUGUUCUAGGUCGACUUUUGUGAAGUUAGGCACUAACACUGGAUAAAAUGAUAUUCAGCACUUGGAAAAAUGUUUUU